AUGUUUGAUCCAGAUACUUUACCAUAUUACGAUCCUAUCAGUGAAAGAAAAGUUGCUGUAAUUACAGGUGGCACUGGAGGAAUAGGUUACUACACAUGUUUACAUCUUUACAUUCAUGGUUUUAGUGUAUAUUUAUGUGGCAGAAAUUCUCAACGAGUAAAUAAGACUAUUAAAGAUAUUAUAGAGGAAGCUAAAGUGAGAUAUAGAAGAAAGCAGAAGAAUGGAAUAAUAAAUUGUUACGAUAUAAGUAAGUUUGGUUCGUUGCAUUAUAUCCAUUUAGAUCUUAGAGAUUUAAGAUGCACAGAGCGUGCGUGUGCAAAAUUGAUUAAAUUGGAGAAGCAGGUGGAUGUGUUGAUCAAUAAUGCAGGCAUUAUGGCAAUACCAUUUGAAACCACAAUAGAUGGAUUUGAAAUUCAACUACAGGUUAAUUAUAUAUCCCAUUUUUUGUUUACAAUGAAAUUAUUACCUUUGGUUAAAGCAUGUCAUGGACGUAUAAUAACAUUAUCAUCUCUCGGACAUUUUCUACAGUACAAAUAUUGGUGUUUGAGUGAACAAUUCAAUUAUUUUCCAAACAUGGUCUUUACAUGGUUUCGGUAUGCAGUUUCAAAGACUGCAUUAAUUCAAUUUUCAAAAAUGUUAGCUAUAAAGAACCCAGACGUAUUAUGUGCAUCCUUGCAUCCAGGUUUAGUAAUGAAUACAAACUUAUUUAGUUAUUGGACAAGAUUACCAGUUGUAGGAAUAUUCUUCUGGAUGUUGUUUCAAGUAAUCAAUUUUUUCUUUGGUGUUACUAAUGAGCAAGGAUCUAUUGGAACUUUAAGAUGUGCUAUGUCUACAGAAUUAGACAACGAAAGCGACAAUGGUAAAUAUUUUACUACAGGUGGUGUAGAAUCUAAGAGCAGUAGUAUAGCUAAUAAUUUAGAUGAUGCUGCAACCACAUGGAUAUGGACUAUUCAUCAACUGAACGAUCGUGGAUUUCAGAUAUGA